CCCUCGAUUCACUUCGGCCCAGGCAACCGGCCAAGUCCUCGGCCGAGUCAGCUGGGACGGCGAGAGCGGGGCAGAGGAGAGGGGCUGGCCACCAUCUUUGGGAAAACGGGGCUCCGGUCGAGUGAGGGAGCGAGCGAGCGAGCCAGCCAGCCAACGCACGGGACGGAGAGGUGCUCCCGCAGAGAUAUUUGAAAGUAACUACAUCGAACAGUACUGGAAGACCUGCCACUACCAUGGCAACAAAAUAUCUCAAAAACGCUCAAGAAUAUAGAUAAAAAAGUGUUCCAUGGGAUAUGUCUGUGUCAUGUUUACAAAAAUCUAGAAGGAGAUACUCUUCAUCUUUACAUGAUGCCAUGAAGCUCAUUGAAGUCCAGUCAUUAUUUUAUUCUUAAAAGGUUAGAGAACAGAUUGAUCAUUGGUUUACAUUUUUGCUGUACUUUAAUAUUUGAAUGCCUGUCCCACCCAGUUCCUGGAGGAUAAAGCCUGUUUCAGUUCAUUUAAAAGACUCGUUGUCACUGCUGUUGUUUGACAAGUUACAAAUGGUUUGGAUUUUUAUCAUGAAUCGGAUGAACCCGCAAAGCAGUUCUCUGACUCAGCGUAAGCGAAUGGCUCUUGGCAUUGUCAUUCUUCUUCUGGUUGAUGUCAUAUGGGUUGCUUCUUCCGAACUCACAUCGUAUGUUUUUACUAUGUACAAAAAACCGUUCUUCAGUACGUUUGCAAAAACAUCCAUGUUUGUUCUUUACCUCUUGGGAUUCAUCAUCUGGAAACCAUGGAGGCAACAGUGUACGCGUGGGCUUCGUGGAAAGCAUGCAGCUUUUUUUGCAGAUGCUGAAAGUUAUUUUGCCACUUGUACAACUGACAAUACUGUGAAUAGUUCUUUGAGUGAACCUUUGUACGUUCCUGUAAAGUUUCAUGAUUUGCCAAGUGAAAAAAGUAGCAGCAUUAACAAUGAUGCUGAAAAAACUCCCAAAAAACCUCGUGUAAGAUUCAGUAACAUUAUGGAGAUUCGACAACUCCCAGCAAGUCAUGCACUGGAAGCAAAGCUGUCUCGUAUGUCUUACCCAACAGUUAAAGAGCAGGAUUCAAUAUUAAAAGCUGUAGGGAAGCUUACUGCACCUCAAGUAGCCAAAAUCAGCUUUUUCUUUUGCUUUGUGUGGUUCUUGGCAAAUUUCUCUUAUCAAGAAGCACUUUCAGACACUCAAGUGGCAAUAGUUAACAUUCUGUCAUCAACCUCUGGAUUAUUUACCUUAAUCCUUGCUGCAGUGUUUCCAAGUAAUAGUGGAGAUAGAUUUACCCUCUCAAAAUUGUUAGCUGUCAUUUUAAGCAUUGGAGGUGUUGUUAUGGUGAAUUUGUCUGGAUCUGAGAAAUCUUCAGGAAGAGAUACAAUAGGGUCUCUCUGGUCUCUGAUGGGAGCUGUGCUGUAUGCAAUCUAUAUAGUUAUGAUAAAACGAAAAGUUGACAGAGAAGAUAAGCUCGAUAUUCCAAUGUUUUUUGGUUUUGUUGGCUUGUUUAAUUUGCUGUUGCUUUGGCCAGGCUUCUUUCUACUUCAUUAUACUGGAUUUGAAGUCUUUGAAUUUCCCAAUAAAUUAACCUUAAUGUGCAUAGUCAUUAAUGGCCUUGUUGGAACUGUUCUGUCUGAAUUCCUCUGGUUGUGGGGCUGCUUUCUUACCUCAUCACUGAUAGGAACACUUGCCCUGAGCCUUACAAUACCUCUGUCCAUAAUUGCUGACAUAUGCAUGCAAAAGGUCCAGUUUUCUUGGUUAUUUUUUGCAGGGGCAAUCCCUGUAUUUUUUUCCUUUUUCAUUGCAACACUUUUAUGUCACUACAACAAUUGGGAUCCAGUAAUGGUGGGAAUUAGAAGAGUUUUUGUAUUUAUCUGCCGAAAGCAUCGUAUUCAGAGAACAUCUGAAGAAAGUGAGCAAUGUGAAAGUCUCAUUGCAGUUCAUAAUGUUUCCCAAGAAGAUGGAGAAUGUGGUUGUUCUUAGGCAACAGCGUAAGAUGUCAUGAAAACUCAGCGAAGAGACAAUCACUUGGAAAGUCCUUAUGGAAUCAUGUUUCAGUACCUCCUCUGAAUCUUUAAAUGUUUCAGUUCUUUUGAAACUUAAAAAUAUACAGAUUCUUUUUCAGUUUCCAGUAUUUAACCAGUUAGAGGAAAUGCCAAUCCUUUACGAAACCAGCUUGCCUUAAAGAACUCAGCUGGUGAAAUUACUUGACAAAUCAAAGAGAAUGCUGUUCUAGUGAUUUUCUUUUAAAAAAAGAAAACAUUCAUAUUUUUGUUGAGUACUGGAUAUUUUUACAAAUACUUUUCAUUUUCUGUAAAAAGUCAUAAUUUUGUAAAAAAUUUCAAAUGGAAAGAUAAAACAUCAGUUUACCUGUAAUAGGUACGAAUUAUCACUUUGUGAUGUAUAAACUCUACUUGAAUAAUG